GAACUAUUCUGGAAUCAGACUUUGACACAUGGAGGUUAUAAUAUUGACAAAGUUGAGUGUUGCUGUUUAUUUUAUUAAUAUUAUUUGCAUUUCGAUCAAAUUGGAUUUUAAUGUAAUAAAAAUUACUAAAUAUUUUCCUCGUAUAUGUUUUUAACAUUAAAAAGCUAGUAAUGGCUGAGGAUAAUAUAUCCAAAGCUAUCGGAGAUCCAGGAUGGAAUGAUCCUCCUUUAUUCUCUUAUGACUCAGUUAAAAACCACACUAAAAAGUCCUCUCUUAACAGAAGAAUAAGCAAUUCCUCCAUGGUGUCCAAUGACACUCAAAAAAUAAUUGCAAAUGACGAUAAUGGUAAAAUGGGACCUCCCAGAUUAGCUCCUAUGAAGUCCACAGGAUCAUCUGUUUCUACUGCUGCACCAGACAUUUGUAAUAUUUCUCCUCAGCCAAUUGAAUUGUCCACUGUAUUAGAAAACUUACAACUUACUAUAAAGGAAUUGUAUCCAAAUGAUGAUGAGAAAGAAGUUAAUGAAAUUAAACGAAGAUUAGGCCUUAUGGAAAAGUUGUGGAAUGAGGAUAAAUUUCCUACUGAUAUAAAAUUGAAAUUAGGUGAUAUUUCUAAAGGUCUUCUUGAAAAUGACUUGAUUAAUUGUGAUAACCUCCAAAGGAGUCUUAUGGUUGAUUAUACAGCAUUGUGUAGUACUUGGAUGGCAGCCAUUAGAUCUUUGAUUAAUUCUAAAAGAAAAAAUCAAGAGAAGCUUAAUGAAAGUUAAGGUGUCUGUGAUGAAAUACAGUGUAUUUUUUCUUUAAGAAGCUUUAUAUAUUUUUUUUUUAAUUGUCGAUGGUAAUAAUAAAAAAAACAAACAACUUAACAAUAAAUGAAAUAAAAUACUUUACAAACUGUUUAGAAAUUAAGUCAGCAUUAAGAUAUUUAUUUUGAUGAAUUUUAUUAUUUCAAAUGAAAGAAAUUAGUCAUUUUUUUCACACUUUGUUAUCAUUUUUAGGGCUGUAAAAAGUGCUUUAACUCAUAUUUAGCUUUUUCUCUUGUCAUGAUUUUAUUAGUAAAGACAUACUGUGGUGUUUAAAUAGUACUACUAAGUGAAAAAUUGCAGUUAAUAAAUACCAAAAGUUCACUUGUAGUACAUCAUUUAUCAAAAUCAUGACAAAACUAUUUAGAAGCUUACAAUGUGAAAUUCUUCUAAUCAAAGCACUUAAAUUCUUUUUGACUUAUUGUAGUUAAGAUAAUUUAAAGGUCUAAAUACUGUCUUCAUUAAAAGCUAUCUUAGUGCUUUUGCGAGAAUAAUUUUAUUUGGUGUCCUCAUUUUAAAUCUGAUCAGUUUUUUAAUGCUAGAUAAAGAUCUAUUGUAAGUGGCCUUGAAAAAAUUAUAUUUUUAUAUUACUUAUACUUUAAUGUAAGAUUAAUGAAUUUAGCUAAUAAACUUUUUAUUC